AAGAGACCACAAGAGCGGCGAGAGACUGCUGGUCUCAUCAGUUAGAACGGCAGGGAAGGUUUAGGAGAUUAGCAGGUAUAGCGGCAGAACGAUUGAACCGGCUGUAAUCCUUCGCUAUAAAAAGUGAAGCCAAGGGAGAAGAGUCAGGGGCGGAAGAAAAUAAGCCGGACGCAGGGGAUUUCUGGCAGCAAGGGGUUUCAGAGAGAAGGGCGGCUAAGAGUGAAGAGUCGGAGCCGGACAGGGAAGUUGAGGACCGUUUCUGCCAAGAAGGGAGAGCGCAAACCUUUGCGGAAGAUUUUCUGCAUUUCAGGGAUGAACAAGUUUGUUUGUGAGGAAUUUGCUAAUUUGGGCCAUGAUCAAGAUGAUAUUUUGGAUGACGAGAAAGAAGUUAUAUCUGACAACGAUGAUAGCGAUUGCGAGAUUAGUACCGAUGAUGAAAAUCAGCAGGGUAGUGAGAAUGAAGACAACAUUCAAUUACUAGCUACUGAUCAUCAUUUUAGAAGAAUAUAUGACAUAUCAUCUAGUGAGAUUCGGGAUUUGGAAUUUGAUACUCGACAUGAAGCUUGCAAACAUAUGCAAGAUGUAAGGGGUUUGUUGCGAGGAAACAUAAUCUUUCUCGAGACAGGAACAAAAAUAUUACAAUGCAACAAUUGGUAUGUAAUAGAGCUGGAUUGAGGCAAAAAAAUUACUUGGAGAAGGUAGAUAGGAAAAAACCACAUGCACCAAUCACACGCACGAAUUGUAAGGCUAAGUUUUGUGUGCGCUUGGAUAGAAAAAAUCAAAAUGGAUCGUGUUAUUUUGUGGAGCAACAUAAUCAUUUUUUGACUCCUAUGUAUGUCCACCCGUUUCCCGCUUAUCGUGCCAUGAAUGAUGCAAACAAAGCCCAAAUUGAUAUCUUACACAUGCAGGGUGUUCAGACGUGUCACAUUAUGGGGUAUAUGUUGGCUCAAAAAGGAGGGUAUAAUGGAAUUGGUUUUUCAAAAAAGGAUCUAUAUAACUAUCUUGACAGACAUAAGCGUGUUAAGAUUCAAGAUGGGGAUGCACCAUUUUUGAUAACUAAGAACAUUCGGAACUUUCCUAGUAACCUGAUAUGUGGAUUAAAAAGAGUAAGAGUGAUAUAAUCUCUUCAAUGUCAUCAAGUGAAGUAGAUGUUGAUGUUAUGAUAUUUGCUCGCUUUGGUGGUUUAGCAGCUUCUUGUAAUAGACUAUGUAAAAUUGCUGCCAAAAAGACUGAAUACUUUGAUGAAUUUAGAGAUGAGAUACUUAGACUCACUCAUAUGUUAGAGCAGCUUGGUGAUCAAGGGAGUAGUCAUGCAUCAUUUGUUGAAGAUAUUGGUGAUCCUAUUGCAGUGAUGACAAAAGGUGUCCAGUGAAGAAAAAAAGGAGGUAAAAGGAGACGGUGUUCGAACUGUAACAGUGUAGGACAUGUAAUAACAACAUGCCCAAGGAUAGCUUCCGAUAACAAUGGCACUCAAAAUGAUGACAUUAUAUAUUUGGAUGACAACCAAAGAUGUCAUGGAAAAGGAACCUUUCUACAUGAAGACAAUCACAGUAACAAAACCAAUUGUAGUAAUGAGAUGUAUAAAUGUGAUGAUAUUGAUGGUGUUUGGAGCAAGAAUAAUGGUGGUUGUCCUAACUGCAGAGUUAGUGAAAAGAAGAGAUCUCAUUUAUUAUUUUGUUGCAGGUUAAAAAAUCAAGAAAUGUGAAUCUACAAAAAGUUUAUCAAAGGUUCAUGUAAAUGAGAGAUCCAAGGUGGUACACAUGGUCAUCUUCCUUGAUAUUACAAGGUAUAGUCUUAGUGGAGGUGGAAAAUGAAUGAACAAAGAAAUGCAGAUAUGAAGAAGUGUUGGUAAUGAAGUAAUUGUUACCUAUGUAAUUGUUUUUGGAUGACUCUAAUCAAUUGAGGUUCUUUUGAUUUUCCUAAUAUUGUAUUCCACUAUUCUGGUAUCAAUAUUUAAUAAAAAUGUAAUAAAAUUUGGUUAAUAUGUUUUA